ACAGCAUAUAAAGUCAUCAUUCCAGCUUGAGCGAAACUGUUUUUCUGCUUCACAAAGCCUGUGUGCAUGAUGAUAAGAAACUAGUUAUUUCCGAUAAACCAAGCAGAAGCAAGAUGAGUGAAAAAGAACGUCUAAUUUCAAAAGAAGAUGGCAUUCAUCCAGCAGAGAGAAAACCAUCUGCUGCACUUAAGCAAAUUAAACAAACAUCGCUGAAACUCUCUCACAUACACCGGAAUGCUGAGGCUCAUGGGGGGACAGAGAAAACGACAGAGGAAGACACCACAAGAUCAACUUCACCUGAUCUGCGAAUCAUUCUUCUGGGUAAAACAGGAUCUGGAAAGAGCUCAACAGGAAACACUAUACUGGAUAACAAAUAUUUUAAGGCAGACUUUUCAGCAGUUUCAGUGACUAAAACCUGCGAGAGUGGAAAGCUGAAGAUUGGGGAGCGGAUCAUCUCAGUCGUCGACACUCCGGGUCUGUUCGAUACGACGAUGAGCAAACAGAAGAUGAAGGACGAAAUCGUGAAGUGCGUCUAUAAGUGUCUCCCGGGUCCACAUGUGUUUCUGCUGGUGGCCAGACUGGGCGUGAGAUUCACAGAUGAAGAGAAGAGCGCGGUGAAGUGGAUUCAGGAGAACUUUGGAGAAAAAGCUCCUCGUCACACUAUCGUUCUGUUCACUCAUGCCGAUCAGCUCAAGAGGAAAACAUUAGCUGCUUAUAUUAGGGAAAGUGAUGAACUCCAGGCUCUAGUUGACGAGUGUGGAGGCAGAGUUCACGCAUUCCAUAAUGAAGAUACCAGUGAUCGAACACAGGUCAACAAACUGAUGGAGAAGAUUGAGAAGUUGGUGGAGGAAAAUGGAGGUCAAUACUAUACAGAUGAGAUGUUUCAGGAAGCGCAGAGAAAAAUACUCAACAGAGGACAGUUUUGGUCUGGAAAGCCAAGGAUCGUACUGCUGGGUAAAACUGGAUCAGGAAAGACCAGUGUUCUGGAAACCAUCGUAAACAAGGAGUGUUUUGAGUGGAAAAAUCCCCCAAACACAGAAACCAGUGAGCUCCAUGAAGCGCACGUGUGUGGAAAGAGCAUCACCAUAAUCGACACUCCGGGACUGACUGAUGCGUCUCAGAAGACGACGAAAAAAGAAAUCCAGAAGUUGGUCGUCAUGUCAGCUCCAGGUCCUCACGUGUUCCUGCUGGUCAUCAAAGUCAAUUCAAGAUUCAUAGAGGAAGAGAAAAACAUCAUGAACUGGCUUCAGGAGAACAUCGGAGAAGAUGCUGCACAUUACUCCAUCGUACUGUUCACUCAUGGGGAUUUGGAGAAAUUGAUCAACAAAAACAAUGAAGACAGUCCUGAUUUUCAUGCGUUUGCAGAGAGUUUUAGUAGCAGAUAUCACUUGUUUAACAAUCAAGACUCUGACAACUGCACUCAGGUAAGCGCACUACUGGAGAAGAUCGAGAAAACGGCAGAGGGAAACAGAUGGCAGUACUACACGAAUGAGAGGUUUCAGAAAAUAAUAGAGAGAGAUGUGUAUUUGGAGAAAGUCAAGGAAACUCUGCAUAAAGUAGCAUUGGGAGUGGGGCCGGUGGGAGCAGCGGCGAUGGUGACCGGAGGUGUGGUGCUGGGUGUGACAGAGCUAGUGCUAGCCCCGGCGAUAAUGUUGGCCGGAGGGGGACUGUUCAUAGCUGGAGCAGCUGGACUGUACUUGGGGAAAAAACUGAUCAAAAAAUGAUCUGGAUACUUUUAAACCAGGGGUGCUUCUUGUUUAAAGGAGGGAGAUCUACCUGUUCCUGGAGAUCUACCUUCCCGCAGAGUUCUGCUUCAUUCCUGAUCCAAUUCAAUUCAAUCCAAUUCAUUCUUGAUGUGAAGAGAUGAUGCUAACCACCCAAGAACAACACAUACACUUACUACACUUCACUGAACACCUAUAUACUUUGUGCCAGGGCUAAUGGAUCAUGGGUGUAAUAGAUCAUGGUCGAUUCGUUAUGUACAGAUCACAAGCCACUGUUCAAAACACGUGACCCUCGGAUUUAUACAUUUUUUUUUUUUUACUUGUAGAUUAAUCCUACAUUUUUAACGAUUGCAGAAAGAUCGCCUUAUUCAAAUCACAUGCAUGAAAGCAUUUAGGCUUUCCUGUAAAAUAUGAGGACGGAAGAAGUUGUGGGAGGUUAUUCGGGAUGUGGUGUUUUCUCUCACUAUUUGUUUAGCAUGCAUCAGUGUAAUUCAGCUGCAUGAUAAAUCAUUAAAAGAGCUCCACGC